UGCAGUGUCUCAACUGCCUUGGAGCAAACAAGAGAGGAUAUAGAACGCAGCAGACGUUAAUAUAGACAGAAAUAGAGGGGAGACAGAGAGAGAUAGAGGGGAAAUGUAAGUGAGUGUGUGUGAAUAUGAGAAAGAUAUGAAGAUGAAACAGCAGGACUAAAGGUGGAUUGCACAGAGCCUUUCUCUCCCUGCAAGGGCUUGUCUGCAGUAUCCUUUGUAAAUGGAUGCUGCCUUGUGAACACGCCUUCAGUUGCUGGGGAGAUAUCACACCACAGAAGAAGCAGAAAAGAUUUUAUCAGGAAGGUUAAGCAAAACCGACCUAUAUCUAACUGAGGGUGGAUGUUGCAGAAGCCAAACAAGGGUAACGUACCACGAGAGCCAUGUGGGAGGAGAGUAAAGGAGUUCUGCUAUUUGCACGCAUCGAGCCCUAACAAUCUGUCGACUGAUAUUCACUCAACAUUACCCAACCCUGUUUCAUAGCUUUUCCUCAGGGGCAGCCCCUGCUAUGCACCCCAGCUCUGUUGGCUUCAGCAGGCAAUCCGACCUCAGUGCCAGGCGCUGUGUGGGCAUCCCACAAGCCUGGGUUCUGCCCACACAGGACUCAAAGACAGCCCCUGAACAAAAAGAAUGAAAUACUCCUGAGCCACUCCUCUAUGUGGUGGCUCUCCUGUCUAGUGUUAAAUUGGACUGUUUAGAAGACUUGUCUGCCUCUUCAACGGCAAGUUCUUAGCUUUAGUGAAAACCCUCUCGAACUCGUCCAACAGAUCCUUUUAGGUCACCACUUCGUUAUAAUUUGCUUUCCCAUCAAGCAGCAGCACGACUUCCUUUGUGCUCACCACGUGGUGGAGGACCAUGGGAUGCCGUCAGAGCUCGGAGGAGAAGGAAGCGGCGAGGCGCUCUCGGCGAAUCGAUCGCCACUUGCGCUCAGAGAGUCAGCGUCAGCGGCGUGAGAUCAAGCUCCUGUUGCUGGGCACCAGCAACUCGGGCAAGAGCACCAUUGUCAAGCAGAUGAAGAUCAUACACAGUGGAGGCUUCAACCUGGAGGCCUGCAAGGAGUACAAGCCCCUCAUCUUGUACAAUGCCAUUGACUCGCUCACACGCAUCAUCCGUGCCCUCACCACACUCAAGAUCGACUUUCACAAUGCUGAUCGCGCAUAUGACGCUGUGCAGCUCUUCGCCCUCACAGGGCCGGCUGAGAGCAAAGGGGAGAUCACUCUAGAGUUGCAGGGGGUCAUGAAACGUCUGUGGGGGGACUCAGGCGUACAGGAGUGCUUUCAGCGAUCCAAUGAGUACCACUUAGAGGACAACACUGCCUACUAUCUGAAUGACCUGGACCGCAUCUCUGCACUCGAGUUCAUCCCAACUGUAGAGGACAUCCUGCGGUCCCGCGACAUGACCACUGGCAUUGUGGAGAACAAGUUCACCUUCAAGGAGCUUACCUUCAAGAUGGUGGAUGUGGGUGGACAGCGUUCGGAGAGAAAGAAGUGGAUCCACUGCUUCGAGGGCGUGACUGCAAUCAUUUUCUGUGUCGAGUUAAGUGGCUAUGACCUCAAACUUUACGAGGACAACCAGACGAGCCGCAUGGCCGAGAGCUUGCGCCUGUUCGACUCCAUCUGCAACAACAACUGGUUCACCAACACGUCGCUCAUCCUCUUCCUCAACAAGAAGGACCUGCUGGCAGAGAAGAUCAAACGCAUUCCCCUGACAGUGUGCUUCCCUGACUACAAAGGUCAGAACACCUAUGAGGAGGCGGCCGUCUACGUGCAGCGGCAGUUUGAGGACCUCAACCGCAACAAGGAGACCAAGGAGAUCUAUUCGCACUUCACCUGUGCCACUGACACCAGCAACAUCCAGUUUGUGUUCGACGCUGUGACGGACGUGAUCAUCCAGAACAAUCUCAAGUACAUUGGGCUGUGCUAGGACCUGAU